AUGGCGAUGAUGGAGAUAACCGAGGCGUAUGGAGUGAUGGCAGAUGGAAAUAAUAUUGUUGUAGGGGACAACAACAACAACAGUAUGAUGAAUCCUCCCACUCCCACUCCCACUCCCACUCCCACCAAAAGAAGUCGCAGCCAGAGGCGUAGGCGUUCUUCCCUCAACUUCACUUCCCUGGAUUUUCUCUCACACGUGCCACCACCUCCUCCUCCUUUGCCCGCCGCACGUGUACUUGAACCAACAGGGUUCAGAUUUCUCUUUGACAAGCAGCUCCAGAACAGUGAUGUCAGCUCCCUGAGAAGAAUCGUUGUGCCCAAGAAAGCAGCUGAGCGAUAUCUUCCAGCUCUUGAGAUCAAAGAAGGGUUUCCCAUCACAAUGGAUGACAUGGAUGGUAUCCAUGUUUGGAGUUUCAGAUACAGGUACUGGCCAAAUAACAGCAGCCGAAUGUAUGUGCUUGAAAAUACUGGUGAGAUCUCCACAGCUUUCCAAGGCAUUGAAGCGAGGAAAGCUGGAAGUGGAGCCGUAUUCCGUGGUUAUGAAGCGGAGGACGUGAUUUUAACUGAUUAUGCACAGGCUGCAGAUGAUGGGAAUGGAGCGAUUAUUAUGAAUGAACCAGAAAUGGAUAUGUCCAGCUUUUACUUCCCUGCAAUGGACAACGAGAUGGGCAUGUCCUUCAUUUAUGAUACCAGCUUCUGGAACGAGCCUGCCUUCGAUUUUGUAGGGGGUCCUAUGACCUAUUACUCAACUAAUGUGUAUCCAAUGCCAAGCUUUGGGUCCAUUGAAGACAGCUUCAGUGUUGAUGAUUUCUACUGA